AUGACUUCCAGAUACGUUUCUCUUGAGCGCAAAGGAGAGGAGAACAACAUUUUUCUCAUCACGCUAAGCAAGGCACCUGAAAAUAGAUUAAACAGUGAAGUCUGUAGAGAUCUCAUUGCAGCGUAUAGGACAGCAGAACAAGGGCUUGGACAGAAUGUGUCAGGCGCUGUCGUGCUCACCACAUCUUCAACCAAAUUUUUCUCCACCGGUCUGGAUUUAGACGAAAGGGACUCAGAUAAAUUUGCGUCCUCCGAUGGCUUUUACCCACUACUACACACAGUCCUUGACUUUCCGUUCCCCACCAUCGUUUGCAUUACCGGUCACGUCUUCGGAGGGGCUUGUCUGCUAACCCUUGCACACGACUAUCGAGUCAUGAACUCACAGCGUGGGUAUUGGCAAAUGCCACCCGUCAAUGUCGGACUACAUCAUGAUGGUAUUGGUGGUCUUCCACGCUUAAAGCUGGGGCCCCGGAUAGCAAGAAAGGUAUUGUUGGAAGCCCACAAGUAUACGGGCAAGGAGGCAAAAAUGGAUGGUAUUGUGGAUGACGUUGCAGACCCUAGUGUGAUGCUGGAGGUGGCUAUAACAGUUGCAGAGACAUGGAAGGAAAAGGCGAGAAUGGGAGUUUAUGGUAUAUUGCGUGAUGAGUUAUGGGGCAAAGCUCGAAAAAAUUACGCACAAAACAGCUUUGUGCAUCGCAAGGACACUGCACGGAAGCCAGUUGUGAAAUUAUAG